UUUUUUCUUUGGUUUAUUUUUUUUUUUUUUUUGUUCUAUUCACAAUUUCAAAUGUGUCAUUUAUUGGACCUGUAAUUGUGAAAGUGAUUAAGUAUGAUAAUGAUGAAAUAAUAUAUAAUUGUAUAAUAAUAAAUUAAAUAUAUACAAACAAAUAAUCAUAUAUUAUUAUAAAUUCACAUUAGAAUAAAAGUUAAAACAUUAGGAAGAUUGGUCUAUUUUUCUUGGGAAAAACGGAUAUUUGUAUAAAAAUGGAUAAAACUGAAAAAUUGAAACUAGUCAAGAAUACUAUUAAGAGUUAUGAUAAUUUUCCUACAUAUGGUGUUAAUUUUCGAGAUAUAUUCCCUGUAUUCCAAAACACGUUAGCAUUAAAAGCUUUGAGAGAUCUACUAGUGGAACAUGUUUUGUUCCUUGAAAUUGAUUUGAUUGCAGGUUUGGAUUCCCGUGGAUUUUUACUUGGUCCAAUGGUAUGUAUAGAAAUUGAUAAACCUUUCAUACCAAUCAGAAAAAAAGGGAAACUACCAGGAAAGGUUUUAAGUCAGGACUAUAGUUUGGAAUACGGAGAGUCCACAUUGGAAUUACAAAUAAGUAGCGUUAAAGAAGGUACCCGAGUGCUUAUAAUUGAUGAUUUAUUGGCAACUGGAGGCUCUAUAGGUGCUGCUAUAAAUUUAUUAACAGCUGCAAACGUAAAAGUAGUAGAAUGUUUAGUGGUAAUAGAGUUGUUGGAAUUAAAGGCACGAGAAAAAUUCGAUGUACCUAUUUACUCAAUUGUUCAAUUUUGAUGACAAAAUAAAAUUACACAGAUAUAUAAAAAUAUAUAUAAAAUUAAGGCAAAAUUAAUUUCAUUAUAUAAAGCAGAAAAUUUUCUAUAUAUGAAAUAAAAUGCAAAAAAAAUAA